AUGUCUACGUUAGUGGGUGGUGACGAACCCCCUAGAUCUGGGAACAGACAUACCCAGAGGUCCAGUGAAGCUUUACACGAGAAGACAAAUAUUGCAGAGCAAGACCCCUUUUCAUCUACCAAGACAAACUCUGAAGAGCCGCUGUUGUCUUCCUCUCCUCAAUCCAAAAAUCACAAUUCGGAUGCAGGGCGGGAAGAAAGCAAUUCCAGUGGUGAGACUGAGGCAGAACGGGCUCAGAGGGAACCUGACAAGUCUUCGGCUUCUUCUACUCCUAGUCCACCGCCGUCCAAGGACACGCAGCCUUCCCACAUAUCUGGGAAAUCUUCAUCCACCGUCGCGAGCGAUUUAUUGGAUGAUGAACAUGCUGUUACAGGGAGAAAUGUUGAAACUUCCGGACAGGUUGACAAAGAAAUUUCAGAGUCUUCUUCCGGGAUUCGCCACCCAUCUUCUUCUCAAUCCAAAGUACCACCCUCGUACCCUCCGCUAUCACGUACCCUCCCCCCUCAGGACGAGUCAGACCCCCUUCACGCGGAAACACAAGGAUCAUACUCUCCUGCAUAUGACGUAGAGGACUAUUCGCGACUCUUUCGGCGUCUAGCGGCUUCUCUUCCUCACCUUCAUCGACCUACACGAGACGAUUUUCUGAAGGUGGCUAAUGGGUUCUGGCAGCGGAUGAAUGUCCGCUUCAAAUGGUUUACAAUCAAGUCGUUUCGAAAGUUUAACGCCGAUGACAUCUCGGCCUUCGUGACUUGGUUCGUAAUGAGCCAGACAAUCUGGAUACUGAUCGGAACCACGACCUUUUUCUCCGUAAUCUUUGCCAUUGCCAAUAGUCUGAGGUUGCAAAACUUCGUUGCUCGCGCCAUUAGUGAUUAUCUCACAUCAGAAACUGGCGUCACCAUCAUAUUUGAGUCUGCCAUAGUACCGAAGUGGAAGGAUUCACGUAUAUCGUUUAAGAAUGUCUACAUUUCUCGACGGCCGACGACUUCCACUCCUUCACGCAAAAGCAUUGGACAUACAGCUGCACUCGGUUACGAUGUCAGUGAUCAUCCGGCUAAUCACGGAGUGGAGGAGGAGGAAGCCUUCAGCAUUUCUGAAGAUGAUGUUAAUUGGGCCAUGUUUGAUCUUAAUGUUGAUUCUAUCGACGUGACGUUAUCGCUUUGGAGAUGGCUUGACGGCAAGGGCUUGGUGGAAGAUGCGGUUGUGAAAGGCGUCCGUGGGGUCCUUGAUCGCAGAUCCAUUACGUGGGACCCAGAUAAUCCAUGGAACCCUGCAGACUAUCGACACAAAUAUCAACCAGGAGAUUUUGAAUUGAAAUCUCUGCAGAUUGAGGAUCUUCUCAUUACUGUGUAUCAACCGGGAGGUUUUCGCCCAUAUACAGCAUCCAUAUUCCGCGCCGAUAUCCGCUGUUUUAGGAAGCGAUGGCUAUUCUAUGACUUCCUCUGCGCCGAGAAUGUUGUUGGUCAAUUUGACAAUUGUCUUUUCAGCUUGCACAAACCGCAGAGUAUCGGUCGGACUACUGAGAGGGAUCUCAAAGACGGUGACUGGGCACUCAUGUCCCGCAUUAGGAUUGAUGGUGUGAAUGUCGAUCAUCUGCAACAUUCAACCUCAAUGGAGGGUCCAAUCUCAUGGAUAACGUCUGGCAAAGUGGAUGCUGUGCUUGAUAUCAAGUUCCCUCGAGAUCCGAACGAUAGUCUACAGUUUAACGCUCUUCUAGGAGAAAUUGCCGACGCUAUUACCACAUCAUUUUCAAACCCAGCAUUGGAUCUGAUACCUGGUCAAAGAGAGCUUGUCAAGCCUCCGCUUACCGCCCCGGAAGACAUUUUGCCGAGUGAGGACGAGGGACGGAAUAUGCCAAGCGUUAUAGUGGAUAUCGAUUUACGAUUUAGGGAUGUCAAAGCUGCUAUCCCAAUAUUUACAGGAGAUCUAUCUUAUGUCAACAAUGCUCUGGUCAGACCCAUUGUUGCAUUCAUGAAUGCAAACAGAACCCUAGUUCCAAUACACUGUCGAGUCGUUAAAAGCCUUGACGAUUUUGAUGGUUCAUGGACUGUGACCGGUCUCAUGGAUGAAAUUUCUUUAAAGAUGUAUGACGCCUUGGCUUAUCAUGUCACUGAAGCCAAUAUGAAUCGACGCCUAAAGACCGUAACCAUUUGGAGCUUGCAAAAAACUGCCAGUGCCGUCCUGUCUGCAUUGAGGAAUGCGUUUGAUCCUGUGUCUGCGCAUUUCAAGCAGUCGUACUUGGAUGCGAAGAUAUAUGAUGGUGUCCAUCCCACUAUGCUGCGGGCUUACCUGGACGCACAUGAGAUGUACGAUAGUAAUGCUUCCAUGUAA